AUGGGGAGCAACUGGUCUGCUCAAGUACAUGCCCAGGAAGUCAAAAAAGCCGAAGAUUGCAGCACUGAAAUCCCCAAUCCAGGCGGAGAUUUACCACGUCAGCCCAGCUUACCCCUACCGCCCGAUUUUCCCGAAUUCAUCCCCAACAUAAAACCCCCCGCGUCUGAACCAACCUCCUUCCAGGUUGAUUUUACCGAGGAGGAUGCCAAGUUCAGCAAAACCUUGGGGAAGAAACCAAAGCCGAUGACUAAGAGUCGAUUAUACUUGUUUGUUCCUGGCAAAGGACACUACCUGAUGAGGUUCCAUGCAGUUAAUCCCCGAUUUAGCUUUGUCCAUGCAAAGAGCCGACCUGCCGUCGAAAGUCAAACAACGCGAGCGUCACAAGUCUUCGCGACGGAGAAAUUUGUCAAGACAAGGCAUCCUGAGUGCGCCUUUCCCUUUUACAUUAAAAAUUACACCACCCCAAUUCAUGGACUGAAACGUAGAAGACAACCUCCGAGCCAAACCUGGGAUAGUGGCUUCGAUGGCAAAAUCUUUUUGAGGAAGGACAACAUGGAAUUCGUUCUGCCAAUCAACGGCGACUUGACCGUGGCGUCUCGGCUUAAGCAUGGCGUACAACCUAACGAAUCGGGUUGCUGUAGAGCCUCCUUGUUGAUGAAGGUGGACUCUGACGGUGACAUCUGUCGUGUCCGCUUUGACCUGGAAGACAUGGAAUUCGUGGCAGUCCUUCUGAGAACAAGUCGGGGCUGUCAGACCGAAGAUCCCUACAUUUACCACAAAAUGCGAGGCUCAAUCAAGCCAGUGGUGUACAUUCCCCUUCCUCUCUCGACCUACAUCUACCACGACCCAAUGGCCUCGAUUCGUCAGCGCAACCACCAACACGCAGUAAAUGGCAUUGAACCCCCCUGGAUGGCUAAGGUGCGACGUGAGCGUCUGUGCCGCACGAGGGAGACCAAAGUUGGCGGGAACUACUCGGGCGUUCUUCUCUCCACUUUCACCGUGGAAAGAGGAGGCUACGUGAUGCAGGCCUGCACGGGACUCCUGAAGGCAAGGAUAACUUACGGCCACUCCUUCUAUGAUGACUUUGUACGGACGCACUGCUCCGAGGAAAAUGUUUAUGAAGAGGAUUUUCAUGAUUUGCUUAGUGCUAGACGUCUUUUGAAAAUAUGA